AUGCAAAGCUGCCUGUAUUAUAAUGUAAAUGCAAGCAAUGGUGCCGGUAAAACGGCGCUGCACCUCGCUGCAGAGGCCGGUGAGGUCUCGGCGGUUCGUCACCUUCUUGUUGCUGGUGCUGAUACGGAAUGCCGAGAUGCAGCUGGUCAUUGUGCUUUGGAAUCUGCUCAUAUUGCUGGGCAUGAUAACGUCGCUGCUGCGAUUAUUGAAAGCAUCCGUGAGUUUUGCUUUCAAUAA